AUAUUUGUGUGUUAAAUCGAUAAAUGCUAUUAUUUUAAAAUGAAACAUUCAUGCUGCUUGUGACCGUGCAGUUCUGUCGAUUUAAUCAUAUAAUCCAUGCUUCGAGCAGAGGGGUACAAAUAAAAAAUCAACAUCCGUCAGAUUAUGAGUUCUUCGAGGGAAUAUUACAAACGCAAAAAUGAGCUUCAACAAGAACACCAACAUCUAUCUACGUCGCGAGAUUCCAAGGUGUCAUCCCAGCACUAUCGCUCCAAGCAUGUGGACAGUCACUCGCACAAUCGACAUCGUGAAUCUAGAUCCCCCUCUCCAGAAAGACGGCACAGGAAAGUAGAGCAAUCGGAAACUAGCACUUCUGAAACUAAAAUAUUUCAAUCAACCAGCGAAAAUGUUUACGGUUCUAUUAGUCCCGAUAGAAAAAAGUUCAGAUCCGAAAACGACUUUCACGAUUUAGGCAAACAAAAGAUCGAAUAUGAUUCGUCAACCAAAAAGAGAGAACUGGGUUCCAAGGCACCUCGAAUUGAAGAAACCAAUUUGGUGAGCUUUUCCUUUCUCAAUUAUAAAGGUAUCCUUAACCGAGUUAUUCUCGGUUACUGUAGCCGGGACCAACUCGUUAACGAUUCGAACGAUUUCUGGUUAUUUCUGAACAAAUAUGAAGCACUGCUCAAGAAAAGUGGACAGUGUAUUCUACCGAAGCCACUUGAAGAAACUGAAUUACAAACGGAUGACAUGAUUCAAUCAACUUACAACAACGCUUUCAGCACAGCAAUUUCAUUAAAUGUCCCGUUCGAGGAGCUGUACAGCAGACUGCGACAAUUGGAUGAAAGUGGAAAAAUCAGUGCUUUGAAACUGAAACAAUUUUUGCAGAUAGUAUCACACUACUUAGAUUUCCGCCAGAAGGAACGCUUCAACAGGCUAAGGAAGCUACGAAAGGCGCAAGCUGAACUCCCGGUAGCAAAGCACAAAGAUGAAAUUGUGGCAGCUGUACGGAAUGAGACUGUGGUCAUUCUUGCUGGUGAUACAGGCUGCGGUAAAUCUACUCAAGUACCGCAAUACCUGCAUGAAGCUGGGUUUGAGAAAAUUGCUUGUACCCAGCCUAGACGAAUUGCUUGCAUUUCACUUGCAAAGCGAGUAGCUCACGAAAUGCUGUGCGAAUAUGGCACACAGGUCGGUUACCAAAUUCGGUUCGAAAGGGCCAAAAGUACCCACACCAACAUUUUGUUCAUCACCGAAGGUCUUUUACUACGACAACUGGCUGCAGAGGAAUCUCUCUCCCAAUAUUCGGUUAUCAUACUUGAUGAAAUACACGAAAGGCAUCUUCAUGGUGAUUUCCUGCUGGGGAUAACCAAGUGCUUGAUAAGGGCUAGACCGGAUGUAAAGCUGGUUCUCAUGUCAGCAACUAUUAAUAUCAAGCUGUUUGGAGACUACUUUGCUGAAGAGAAGGCACACAUAAUCGAAGUUCCCGGUCGAUUAUUUCCAAUAAAACUGCACUACAUGCCGCAAGUGCAAGACAUCGCUUUCACUAGUACAGGAGGUAAAGGCAAGCAAAAAACAAGCAAUCGGAUCAGUCCUGAUCCGUACCUUCAAAUUCUGCAACUGAUCGAUCAAAAGUAUCCUCCUACGGAGAAAGGGGACGUUUUGAUUUUUCUAAGCGGUUUAAAUGAGAUCACGACAAUCGUUGAUGCAGCCAAAGAGUACUCAGAGAAGAAUAAAAACUGGAUAAUUCUUCCAUUGCACAGUACCCUCUCAAUCGCCGAGCAGGAUAAGGUAUUUGACUACGCUCCGGAAGGAAUGCGGAAGUGUAUCAUAUCUACGAACAUUGCGGAGACAUCGGUGACUAUCGACGGAAUUCGCUUUGUAAUCGAUUCCGGCAAAGUAAAAGAGAUGAGUUAUGAUCCAACUACUAAGAUGCAACGGUUGAAGGAGUUCUGGAUUUCGAAAGCUUCAGCUGAUCAGCGUAAGGGUAGAGCUGGACGAACGGGACCAGGCAUAUGCUAUCGACUCUAUGCGGAGAAACAGUUCUACGACUUUGAUGCAUACACAACGGCAGAGAUAUUGAAAGUACCUUUGGAGUCUCUACUGUUGCAAAUGAUUUCGAUGGGGUUGCCAAAUGCUAGACUGUUUCCGUUUGUGGAACCACCGCCAUCGGAAAACUUGGAAAAUGCUAUCAUGAACUUGAAGCAACAUGAAGCACUAACAGCCGAUGAAAAGCUUACUCCGUUAGGUAAAGCUUUGGCGAAAAUUCCAGUAGAUAUCGGAAUUGGGAAAAUGUUGCUGAUGGGAUGCGUAUUUCAACAAUUGCAACCAGUUCUGACCUUAGCAGCUGCGUUGAGCGUCCAGUCACCCUUUACAAACCGUGCUUAUCGUGAAGCAGAAUGUGAGCGUGCUUUGCGUUCUCUCGAAUCUGACCAUGGAGACCCGAUCACCUUACUGAAUGCCUAUAAAGAAUGGCUAGAACUGAAACAGACCCGCUUUGAGUAUCGCAGAGAUGAAAAACGAGAAAGUACCAAAAGCUGGUGUCGUAGGCGGGGCCUAGAAGAGCAACGCUUUUACGAAAUUACUAAACUAAGAAACCAGUUUCAAGACUUACUGCAAGAUUGCGGUCUCAUGGAAAGCAACAGUGACGACAACAUGACUAGUGCGGAACGUGCUAUACGACACGGUGAACUGAAGCAGCUGAAAGAACUGCGAAAAACGCACCGGAUGGAAGCUCCCCGAAAGAGACAAUUGCUGAAAUCGGACCCGUGGGGAUUUGGUGAUGGAGAAGAAGAUGACGGCAAAAUUGAUAUCAGGGAUGUAGAGUUUCGAAUGAACCUAAACUCCUCAAAAUUACAGAUUUUGGUGAGUGGAGCAACAGCUUGUAGCUAUCGAGACCUCAUGACGCUGAAGUUGAUUCUGGUCAGCGGGUUGUAUCCUCAAGUGGCGAUUGCAGAUGACUUCAACUACUGCAAGGGACCUGCAGAACAAUUUUUCCACACGCAAACCAAACCAUACGUCACGCUUCAUCCUAUGGGAUUCUUCGCGAACAACGUGCAAGUUCUACAGUUAGAUGAUAACGACAUUGUCGAAAAGAGUGGACCAUACAAAUCGCGUCAACCGCUUAGCUCCCACCACCAAAUAGUUUGCUACCUAACACUAUUGGAGACUAACAAAACCUACUUAAUGAACACGCUUCGCAUGCCAGCAGCUCAAACGCUACUGCUGUUUGCACAUUCGAUCGAUACUAAUUUGACCUGUUCGCGGCUAAUCUGCGAUUCUUGGUUGUGUUUGGAUUUUCCUUCUCCGGAAAGUGGCCAAACUUUGUUAUAUAAAGCAUCCAAUCUCAGGCGAUUGUGGAAUAAAAUGUUGGCAGAGAAACUAAAAGUUCUUACACAGACAGCCGACGAAGAGUUGUCCCGAGCUGAGCGAGAGAAAUCUAUCGAUCAGAUGAACUAUGAGCUCUGGCAUGACCUAGCUCAGUAUAUGAAUACGGAAAUUUGCUACACCAUCAAGCGUUUGCUUCCAGCUGAUGUGAAAAUCAUGUACAAAGGUCCAUCGGCAACGGAAGCUGUAGAGUUGGAUCCAAAUCCUUUCGCUCAGGAUUUUGUACCAAUUACAAACGAAACCAAGGGAGGAAUGCAUAUUACGGAGAACAUUUUGUACGCGUGCGUGAAUGAAACCGAUUGGAGCAUGCAGAUGUAUGAGGAAAUAAUAACUAAUGAUUGGGAGUGUGCCAACUGCAGCUGCACAUACAAUAUGACUGGAUUCCAAAAGUUGCAGCAUAAAGUCGUUUGUAAAUCCAGUCCAGCGGUCGAUACUGAUGCCCAACAGCCGACACCUUCUACCAUUGACAGACAGAAGCCUAACUCAAAAAGUUUCGACUGCCCAGUUUGUAAAACCACACUUCACCUUACCGCUAUCGAGAUUUUGAAACACAAAAAAACAUGCACCAUAAAAGUGAAACAAGAAACGGAUUGAAUAAUUUUCCAAUUUAUUACUAUACACCAACAUCAAUCAAACCUAAUUAAAUCACAUGCACUAACAUUAUAUGACUAGAAUGAUAUCCGAAU